AUGGAUAGAAGGAUUCAUGUUGAUGAUCUAGAUGACAAAUUAUCAUAUGUUCAACCAUCUUUUGAUGGAUUUAUGGAUUUGAUUAAGAAUGACAAGAAGGUAACAAAAACUUUGGUGAGCAAUGGUUGCGUGGAUUAUAAAGGGAAUAUUGCAAACAAACGAACUACUGGAGGAUGGAAGGCUUCGCCAUUCAUCAUAGUGAAUGAAGUGGCGGAGAGGUUGGCAUUCUUUGCAGUAGCAGUAAGUAUGGUGACAUAUUUGGUAUUUGAGAUGCAUCAAUCACUGCCUGAUGCUGCAACUCAUGUCAAUGAUUGGAUUGGAGCUGCCUAUGUUUUGACACUUCUUGGAGCUUUUCUAGCUGAUGCUUAUUUUGGUCGAUUCUUAACCAUCAUUAUUUUCUCUUGUAUCUACUUUGUGGGAAUGAUAUUAUUAACACUAUCAGCAUCAAUAGACAGCUUAAGACCACCUCUAUGCACAAAGAGGCCAUGCACUCCAUCAACAAAUGCUCAAACAUCUUUUCUCUAUGGAGCACUCUAUCUAAUUGCACUUGGGACAGGUGGCAUCAAACCAUGUGUUUCAACAUUUGGAGCUGACCAAUUUGAUGAAUCAGACAAAAAAGAAUCACAAAAGAAAUAUGCAUUUUUCAAUUGGUUCUUUUUUGCAAUUAACAUGGGUGCACUAUUGGGAAUAACACUUUUAGUUUAUGUGCAACAAGAAAAAGGAUGGACUUGGGGUUUUGCUGUGCCUACAAUAGCAAUGUUUGCAUCAAUUGUUGUUUUAAUUGUUGGAUUCAACAAAUAUAGGUAUAAAAAACCUAUGGGAAGUGCUUUUACUAGAUUUGCUCAAGUUAUUGUGGUUUCUACAAGAAAUCAUUUUAGAGGUGUUGUGGUGGGAAAUGAAAGUGAAUUAUAUGAGAUGAAGACCAAAGAGAGUGAUAUUUUUGGUGCUAGAAAGCUUCCUCACACUAAACAAUACAGAUUUUUGGAUAAAGCAGCAGUAGUAACAGACGUUGAAACAAUCACCAACAAUAAAUGGAAAUUAUGCACAGUAACACAAGUUGAAGAAUUCAAAUCCUUUAUAAGAAUUCUUCCAAUUUGGGCCUCAACAAUUGCACUUUCAAUUUCAUUUGCUCAACUAUCAACAUUUUUCCUAACACAAGCCAACAUUAUGGACCGAAAACUCGGCCCACAUUUCACGAUCCCGGCGGGGUCCGUCCCGGUCUUCACCGCCCUCAACGGGCUCCUCCUCGUCCCGAUAUACGAGAAAUUCGUUGUCCCAUACCUCCGUUCCAAAACGGGGCACCAACGUGGCAUCACGUCUUUGCAACGUAUCGGGGUUGGCUUAUUUGUGUCAAUUUUUGCACUAAUGUCUGCCGCGUUGGUUGAGAGAAUGAGACGUUCAAACUCUGACCCUACUAAAGGAUUGAGCGUAUUUUGGUUAUUUCCGCAAUUUUUUCUAAUUGGUACGGCUGAAGUUUUCUCAUAUGUAGGUCAAUUGGAGUUUUUUUACGACGAAGCGACGGACGGUACGAGGAGUAUAAGUAGUGCAUUAUUUUUGAGUGAAAUUGGAAUUGGGAGUUGGUUAAGUUCAGCCUUAGUGAAAAUUAUUGAAAGUAUAACUGGUGGUGUAGAGGAAGGGUGGAUUAGGAAUAAUCUUAAUAAAAGUAAGCUUGAUUAUUUUUAUUGGAUAUUAACAGGAAUAAACGGAGUGAAUUUCUUGGUAUAUUUAAUUGUUGCAUGGAGGUACAAGGGGAGAAAUUGUGAAAGAGGAACAAUUAGAGAUGAGUCUAAUUUAAUUGAACUUGAUGUUCAAUUCAAAAAGGAGAAUGAUACUGGGGAAUUUUCUAGUAUGGCCUCUUGA